AGGGGGGGGAGACCUCGUCGAGUGAGUAAUUUUCUUGGUCGAAAGAGUCUGUGUCGGUGGAAAAUCUGCCUAAAUGGGUCAAUUUCUUGGUUUGUGGUAGUGAAAAGCGAGUGAAAUCUGGAGAAGGUGUAGCAGAUGUGUCGGUGCUUAUCUCAAAACACUGCCACGCAUAUUUCUCGCGGAUGUUUCUGAGAAAAUUGGCAGUGACGGUGGUUGAGGUUAUGUUUACAGAAAAUACACGUAUGCAUUUGGAAGAAAAUUGUGAAAAAUCACACGAAGAGAGGCUCCUGCACUCCACAUAACACCGCACGAUGCUCCCACUCACCCACAAGGACUCGCGCAGCCUCAGCUACAGGCUGAAGGAGAAGGUGAACGGAUGGAAACGAUUGAUAUUCUCCGACAGAAACUCCCGAAAUCUCUUCCUGUUUUUAUUGCUGAACCUCAGUUUUGCCUUUGUGGAGUUUACCUACGGGAUAUGGACGAACAGCUUAGGUUUAAUAUCGGAUUCAUUCCACAUGUUCUUCGACUGCACGGGCCUGGUAGCCGGUCUUGCGGCGUCCGUGAUCACGAAGUGGAAGGCAAAUGAGCGCUACACGUACGGCUAUGUGAGAGCCGAGGUGUUGGCGGGCUUCGUGAACAGUCUCUUCCUUCUAUUCAUCGCCUUCUUCAUCAUGUCCGAGGCCAUCGAGAGGGCUGUGGAGCCACCAGAAGUGAAACACGAGCGGCUGUUCGUCGUGUCUGUGCUGGGAUUCCUGGUGAAUCUCGUAGGGAUUUAUGCAUUCCAACACGGCCAUGGGCACUCUCAUGGCGGUGGCUCGGGUCACGGGCACAGCCACGGACAUUCCCACAGUAUUCACCACGCCUCUGAGGCGAACAACCACCUGCUGGGCAACCACCAUGGCCACUCGCACGAUCAUCACAGCCACGGCGAGCCGCUGGGUCAGGGCAGCAACUCGCAGAUCAUGCGCGGUGUCUUCCUGCACAUCCUCGCGGACACGCUCGGCUCCGUGGGCGUCAUCGUGUCCGCUGUGCUGAUGCAAAUGUUCGGCUGGAUGAUCGCCGAUCCCAUCUGCUCCAUGUUCAUCGCUCUGCUUAUUGCGCUCAGCGUGCUGAGCCUCAUCAAGGAGUCCAUCAUGGUGCUGAUGCAGCGCACACCCAUCAACCUCGACCGCGCCCUGCCGCAGUGCUACCAGAAGGUCACUGGGCUGGCGGGCGUGUACGCCGUGCAGGAGCCCCACUUCUGGACACUCUGCAGCGAUGUGUACGUCGGCGCCAUCAAGCUGGAGGUGUCCAAGAACGUAGAUCCCAAGUACGUCGUCACGCACACUCGCAUGAUCUUCGAGGCGGUGGGCGUGAAGCAGAUCUUCGUCCAGCUCGACUAUGUGUGAUCCGCGCUGAGGUGCUCUUAACCAAUGUGAAUUGCGAAUUUUUCUCACCCUUUUAUCCUCUUGCCGUGGAUUUACGCGAGGAAUUAUCAUUUCCCCAUCAGACACUCUCUUCUGUGAUUGUGCAGUCAAUCUGCUUCGACGUUGAAUUACUCGUUGGCAUUUAUGUUGGGAGAGAACGGAAGAGAGAACCAUGAAAAUGUUAAUUACAGGUCUACUUAAUCUGCCUACCUCUGAUACCGUGAGCGGUGUGAAUCCGAAAGGCCGGCGCGCAGAGACUUUCACAAUCACGAAUCGAAGAUUUUGCCUGAUCCACACGGAGAAAUCGGUGAGACAAGAGCACCUCACGAACCAAUUGCAUUAUAUUCACAAACAGAGAAAAAAAAUAACAGAGGACAUUUUUCAACAUUAGGUGUAUAAUUUAUGUUGAAUUGUAUAUUGGUAUUUAAGUGUAGAAAAAUAAACAAGCCCUACUUAUCGAA